AUGACAUCUGCUAGAAUUAAUGAAUUCAAUAAGAAAUGUGAUAUUACAUUUCAAAUUUAUACUCAUAAUAAUAGAAAUUUGCGCCCCACAAUUGUAAAAGAGGAAUUAGAUUGGGUUUUAUAUUUACACAACUUGCAUUUCUGUCUUUUAAGAAGAAAUACAAAAAGUUUGGGUAUUAAAGAAAUAGAAGAUAAUUAUGAACAAGUGUGGAAAACGUGUAGAGACGAUAACGCAGUAACACAGGUUUCCCCUCUAAAACUAAACGUGUUUUCAAGUAUAAGUGAUGCUGGGUUAUUUGCUUGGGAUUGUGAAACAUAUUCAGAAAGUGAAACGCGUAAAGCAAUUUCUUAUGCGUGUACGUUAAUUAAUUUAAAAAAAAAAAGAAAAAUGUUAGACAGAAUAAAUAAUCUCUUUCCAGAUUUAAAUCCUGCAGAUAAUGUUCCAGAAGAAUUUUAUGAUAAACUAAUGAUUAUAGUAGAAAUAUUUGUAGAUGAAGAUUUACAGAAAAAAUGGAAAAGAAAGAAAGAAAUAACAAGUAAUAAUAAUUAUUUACAACAUAUUAAUUUCACAUGUUCCUAUCAACAUGAAACAUCUAGUUUGGCGGCAUGGGGUAAUUCAUCUAAUCUACCAAUGAAUUUGAGAAAGAUCACUGAUAUCAAUAUUGCAAAAUACACCAAAGAUAACUGGGAAUCUUUAAGACACGAAUGGGAACCUUACGCUAAAAGAGAUACGUUAUGUCUUGGAAGUUGUUUGAUAAAAUAUAACCAAGUCACGAAAAAAUAUGUCCAAUAA